GCGUGCGUGUAAAUCUUGCUGCUCCAUCGGCCCAGUAGCCCAAUCCCUUCUCUGCGUCCCCGUCCAGUCCAGUCGCCAGUCUUCUCUACCUACCUACCUCUACCUAGCCCAUCGCCCGGCCGGACCCCCCCCCCCCAGCAGCGGGCAGCCCAAGUGGAAGCGUCUGCGCUUGUCCGUCUCCUCCCAAAAGUCUCUAAGCAACCACCACCGACGUUGAUUUUUUUCUCCCGACGCUUUCUAUCCCAACCAAAACAGGGCGACGUCUUUAACCACAAAGAACGCGCAUUUUCAACCCCACCCUGGCGAUAGAAGUCCUAUUAUCAUAGGCAUCAUCUCGCGGUAUCUCGUCUUCUGGCCUCCGUCGCUCAAUUAGACGCAGCUUUUUCCAGCGACCCUCCGACCGGCCCAGCGCUCUGUACUGCACCUCGCUGCAGCACUUUGCACUCUCCCGGGCAGUCCAUCGACCAGUUUUUCCCGACCGUGGUUUUGGCAGUGGCAGUGACAGCCUCUCCCGCAGUCUCAGGACUACUUGAACUCCCCUUCUACACCCGACCUUUUCGAACCCAGAUUUUCGACGACGACACGGCGUUUUGCCCCAGCCCCGUCCGCGCGACAAAAAAAAAAAAACACGUUACCUCACAAAGGACGAUCAGAGACUUCUGGAGCCGUCUCCUUUUUCCAUCAUUGCUAACCCUCUUGUCGCCGCGUACUACCGGACCGAUUUCUUCGCAAUUCCGACGAGAUUUGCUUGCGCUUGCUCUAGACCGUUCGCACCUCCGCCAAACCCAGUGACGAUUUACUAAAACCAAAGCACAACAUUCGGUAUCCGAAAGAAUACCUAUUUCCAGAAAAAAAAAACACCAAAAAAAUCACCGCUUGCUGUAUUCCCAAGGAGAACGCGUUCGCCUCUCCAAAAAAAAAAAAACCCCCAACAAUCGCUUCUUGCUGGGAUCGCUUCUGAGCUCGUUUAGCUUUGCAGAAGUGCAUCUACCCCAGUUUCCUACUCCUUACGCGUGCCGCUCUUUUAGACCCGUCCCAUCCGACUAGCUGGGGUUUGUCGGUCGUUACCGUGACUUCGAAAACCUGUGCGCGGUAUCUCUCCGGUUGGUGAGGAUUUUGCAAUGGCGGACCAUACCGAAGUCGACCUCGACUCUAUAAUCGACCGCCUCUUGGAGGUGCGGGGCAGCCGGCCUGGUAAGCAGGUGCAGCUGCUGGAAGCCGAGAUUCGCUAUCUCUGCACCAAGGCCCGUGAAAUCUUCAUUUCCCAGCCCAUCCUGCUUGAGCUCGAGGCUCCUAUCAAGAUUUGCGGCGAUAUCCACGGUCAAUACUAUGAUCUCCUCCGCCUCUUCGAGUACGGUGGCUUCCCUCCUGAGGCCAACUACCUCUUCCUAGGUGACUACGUCGAUCGUGGCAAGCAGUCCCUGGAGACCAUCUGCCUGCUCCUCGCCUACAAGAUCAAGUACCCCGAGAACUUCUUCAUCCUUCGUGGCAACCACGAGUGCGCGUCCAUCAACCGUAUCUAUGGUUUCUACGACGAGUGCAAGCGGAGGUACAACAUCAAGCUUUGGAAGACCUUCACCGACUGCUUCAACUGCCUACCGAUCGCUGCCAUUAUCGACGAGAAGAUUUUCACUAUGCACGGUGGUUUGAGCCCGGAUCUGAACUCAAUGGAGCAGAUCCGCCGAGUCAUGCGACCAACUGACAUUCCUGACUGCGGUCUUCUUUGCGAUCUCCUGUGGUCGGAUCCCGAUAAGGACAUUACUGGUUGGAGCGAAAACGAUCGUGGUGUUUCCUUCACAUUCGGCCCGGAUGUCGUUUCUCGCUUCCUCCAAAAACACGACAUGGAUUUGAUCUGCCGUGCUCACCAGGUUGUUGAGGACGGAUAUGAGUUCUUCUCGAAGCGCCAGCUCGUUACUUUGUUUAGUGCCCCCAACUACUGCGGCGAGUUCGACAACGCUGGUGCUAUGAUGAGCGUCGACGAAAGUUUGCUCUGCUCUUUCCAGAUUCUCAAGCCCGCAGAGAAGAAACAGAAGUUCGGCCGCCGAUAAACGUCUGAUACUUUCGCCCGCCCGCAACGAACAUGAGUAUCUUACCGUCAGCUUGUCUACCGCCGCCAUGUUUCCUGAUCGCCAGGGCUCCCAGCCAUCAUCCCGUCUGCCGUCUGUUCCGACCACUUCUUUUGGGGAGGUCCUCGCCCCUCCUGCCGUGCCAACGAAACGAAAGCCACGUCUGCCCGUCCUGUCUCUCCAUCCGUCCGGUCUCCACACAACUCGAGAGGGUAGGAAGGAAAGGGAAUCUUUUUAUAUCUCGGGGGAUGAAUAACGAACGACCUUUUCUUUUUCUUGUCUGGUCACUACUCCUGCUAGGAAAGGUAUAGAUAAGCAGUGUGUGUCUUGGGGGGAAACUAGUUGUUUUGUGUCGCUUUUCGCCAAAGGCAUAUGUCAUUCCGUCAUGGGAGAGUGUAUUGAAAAUUUGUUCGUUUACAUCCGCUCCAGCACUUUCUGACUACGGCAUGCUGUGUUUCGCCACUCCGCUAUUUUACAUUUACGGCUCAGUUUCGAAAGGUAUACACGUUGCAGCAGCAUCACAACAUAUCUCCGCUUUAAUUUACCAGCUUUUCGGCCUGGUCAAACGACACUUCCGCCUUACCUUCCUACGACUCUCACGACCUAGGCUCUUGUAGUUACCAAAAUGGCCAGGGCACCAUCGCAGAGGUAAAGCUACGAACAUUGCAAACGGAUGAGACGGAGCGCCUUGGUGAUACCAGAGAAGAAGCAGAUGGGAUGAAAGGCGGUGGUUUUCUGCGCUCAGGCCCGAUUCUGCCACGCUGGAUGGAUAGAAAAGCAGGAGAGAGGCGUUGGGCAGGACAGGACAAAGAGAAGAAGUACGAUAUGGCGUCCUAGGUUAUGAACAUGAAGAUGGCAGAACGUCUUGGCAGGCUCGAGUUUUUCUUGUUCUUGGGGGAAAGGGAGGGGGACGGUUGCUACUGGGUGAUUAUGAGGCGAACACCAUGCUGUAUUCGAGAAAGAGGAGGCAAGCGUGCCGGCGGUAGGGAGUGCGCGGGGCAUUGACCGAUGGGUUGAUCAAUCAGGCUCAUCGUGAAAACGUGAACUGGCGGUGGCAUACGGUGACUGAGAGGCAAGAGUGAUACUGAGAUACAGGUUGUCGUCGUGUUGUGUUUGGAAUUCCUGUAUGUUUACCAGUGUAAUUAUACAUUACGAUCGAG